AUCUAAAAGAAUUGAAACUACAUAUAUAUAUAUAUAUAAAAACUGAACAGAGCGGCUAGAUAACCAUUUUUCUCUACCUAAGACCUGGGUAUCCAGUCUGGAUCACCAUGGCAACCAAAAAAUACAAUUAAAAAGGCAAGUGAGGCAGAAGCAGAUGAGUAGGUUGCUCCUUACCUCUCUGGACAGGAAGAAUUGAAAUAAUUAUGCAGAGAAUACUCGCUAGCUCUGUGAUGGAUAAGGUCACACACUGGAGAAUGGAAAAGUCCCAUCAUUAAAAAAAAAAAAAAAAAAAAGAGAAAAAAGAGGAAUGUGCCUGUGCUACCUCCAUGAAACCGGAGUGCCAUGACAUAUACUGAGAAGACAAUCUCCUUGCAGCUACAUUUCUCCAUUUCUUCACACCCCUGAUGGGAACGCCAUAUUCGGACUUUCCUUGUGGCCCAUCACAUAUUGGAUGUUAUCAUUUUUUCGAAACACAAGGGUAAUAAAAAGUGUCUCUCUCACUCUCUUUCUUUCUCAGAAAGUGACAGGUAAAGGGAAGUAACACAAAGGGGGAGAAAGUGUAUAUUUGUUCCUCUAUAGCAAAAGCCUGCUAUACCAUGGGAUGUCGUCAAAGUGCAGAGGAGAAAGAGGCAGCCCGGCGCUCGCGCAGGAUUGACCGCCACCUGCGGUCUGAAAGCCAGCGCCAACGACGGGAGAUUAAACUUCUUCUUCUGGGCACCAGCAAUUCAGGCAAAAGUACAAUUGUGAAGCAAAUGAAAAUCAUUCACAGUGGGGGGUUUAACUUGGAGGCCUGCAAGGAGUACAAGCCUCUUAUCAUUUACAAUGCCAUUGACUCACUCACUCGUAUCAUCAGGGCCCUUGCUACACUGAAGAUUGAGUUUCAUAACCCUGACAGAGCUUAUGAUGCAGUGCAACUCUUUGCAUUGACUGGCCCAGCAGAGAGCAAGGGAGAGAUCACAUCCGAACUCCUAGGUGUGAUGAAGCGGCUGUGGGCUGAUCCUGGAGUGCAGGAGUGCUUCUCUCGAUCCAAUGAAUAUCACCUGGAGGACAAUGCUGCCUACUACCUCAAUGACCUGGAAAGAAUAGCGGCCAUUGAGUACAUCCCUACAGUGGAGGAUAUUCUACGUUCUCGUGACAUGACCACUGGUAUUGUAGAGAACAAGUUCACAUUCAAAGAGCUCACGUUCAAGAUGGUGGAUGUUGGUGGCCAACGAUCUGAGCGCAAGAAAUGGAUCCACUGCUUUGAAGGUGUCACAGCGAUAAUAUUCUGUGUGGAACUUAGCGGAUACGACUUGAAACUGUAUGAGGACAACCAAACAAGCCGUAUGGCAGAAAGUCUUCGCCUAUUUGACUCCAUCUGCAACAACAACUGGUUCAUAAACACCUCACUCAUUCUUUUCCUCAACAAGAAGGACCUCCUAGCUGAGAAGAUCCGACGCAUCCCGCUAACGGUCUGCUUUCCUGAUUACAAGGGUCAGAACACAUAUGAGGAAGCAGCUGUCUACAUCCAACGCCAGUUUGAGGACUUAAACCGCAACAAGGAGACCAAGGAGAUUUACUCACACUUCACCUGUGCUACGGACACAAGCAACAUUCAGUUUGUAUUUGAUGCAGUGACAGAUGUCAUUAUCCAGAACAAUCUAAAAUACAUUGGCCUGUGCUAAGUGUUCCUCUUGUGGCCCGCACAGGGAAAGUGGUGUGCUUAUAGCCCUGGCCAUUUGUCAGGGGGUAAAAGCAAACACAGAGGCAGAGGGCUGCACUCAGGAGUCCCCACAUACUGCACUGAGAAUCCAGUACAAAUCCCUCACCUCUUCACCUGCACAAACUUUGCAUUUAAACAGGGGAAGGCGUUGUUAGUAUGUUUGGACCAUAAAAAGAGGUCUCUGAAAGCUCUGGUCUCUUACUGGAAAGAUGCCAUUUUCUUCUCCCUGCGUCUUGUUCGUGUGUGUGUUUUUGUAUGCGUCUAUUUGUGACUGAUUGGUGUCUGGAGUGUUAAUCUAUGAAAGAAAUAUUUCUGAUUUCUUGUGAGUUUUUAUUUUAUAUUCAGGGUGAUUGAACUGCGCCAGGAAAGAAGCUGGCUGUAAGCUCACACAUUUUUUUUGACAGGGGAUGGCAAAUACUUUCAUGCCAACAUGAACAAACAACAAACAUAUAAGGAUUGUUCCACUUGCUUUUGGCAUUUCUGUAUGUGCCAUAAUUAUAAAUUAUACAGGUUCAUGUGCUUUAUAUUUUCCAAUGACAACAAAUAUGUUGUGCAUUUGCAACCGUCAGAGAAAUGUGUGGUUGAAAAUAGGAACAAAUAUGCAGUGCAAAUGAAAAGCUUUUGAAGCGAGUGUUUGCUGGCCAAUGUUUCACCAGGCUGGUCAGAAUUUUCUACCACAUACUCAGCAGCACUGUCAAUAAAUGUUAUGCACGCUUUACACAAUUGUGCAACAUCAUGGAUAUGCCAAGUCUAGAAGCAAAGCAGUGUUUGACAGGUUGUCUGCCAGAGACCUAUUUUUCAAAUAUCUAAAAAUCCUGCAGCAGUCCGAACAACAUAACAUGUUGUGGCUGCCAAUAUAUGAUUGCACUUGCUUAUAUACUAAUUUAAGCUUUCCUUGGUGGUACUCUGAUACAGGUUGAACCUGGAUUAUAGUCCACUGUGCAGAUAUAAUGCAGAAUAGGCCCCACCAUGCCGCAGGGUACCAACACACAAAUCCUGGCUUUGUAGCUUGUACCAGUCUAUAUUUAAUGCAAAACUUUCCAAUAUAUUUUUUAUCUCCAUGUUUACAAAGUAAGAUAACACAACGAGUUUAUGACUGUGUCAUUUGUGUGUGUGUGUGUGGGGGGGGGGUUGUCAGCAUGAUUUUUUCCUUUAAAAAAAAAAA